AUGUCGUCCAAGGGAGCCGACCGCCCCAUGUACAGCCACGAGGAUCCAGCGGGCAAGAAUACAGAGCGGAAAGAGGGGCAGGGCUCCAAGGGUGCGGACGAUGAUUUCCAGGAGCGGAUGAACCAGCCGCCCAUGACGGAAGGUCUUAGUCAACCAGGCCAGGAUUCAAUGGGGGCGGACAGUCGGUUAGAGGAGGCCCCUAAAGAUCACGAUGAGUUUGAGAGCAGCGUUAAAAGGGCCGAUUGA